GUCGCCCGGAAACUCGCGCCUCACGAAGCGCGCUAGUUUGGCUCGUCUACGCGCCUGCGCCAGGGAGGACUCUGCGCAGGCGCAUUUCCAACGCUUCGAGGAGAGGGCGGGGUGUCGUUCCCUUUCGCUGAUGCAAGAGCCUAGUGCGGUGCUGGGAGAGCUAUCGGCAGGAGCCGCGCUGCCGUCGGGGCCUGGGGCUGACCCGUCCGACUUCCCAUCCUUGCCGAGCCCACUCGAGCCGCAGCCAUGUCCGGGGACGAGAUGAUUUUUGAUCCUACUAUGAGCAAGAAGAAAAAGAAGAAGAAGAAGCCCUUUAUGUUAGAUGAGGAAGGGGAUGCCCAGACAGAAGAAACUCAGCCUUCAGAAACAAAAGAAUUGGAGCCAGAGCCAACUGAGGACAAAGAUAUGGAAGCCGAUGAAGAGGACAGCAGGAAAAAAGAUGCUUCUGAUGAUCUAGAUGACUUGAACUUCUUUAAUCAAAAGAAAAAGAAGAAAAAAACAAAAAAGAUAUUUGAUAUUGAUGAAGCUGAAGAAGGUGUAAAGGAUCUAAAGAUUGAAAGUGAUGUUCAAGAACCAGCUGAACCAGAGGAUGACCUUGACAUUAUGCUUGGCAAUAAAAAGAAGAAAAAGAAGAAUGUCAAGUUCCCAGAUGAGGACGAAAUACUAGAGAAAGAUGAAGCUCUAGAAGAUGAAGACAGCAAAAAAGACGAUGGUAUCUCAUUCAGUAACCAGACGGGCCCUGCCUGGGCAGGCUCAGAAAGAGACUAUACAUAUGAGGAGUUACUGAAUCGAGUGUUCAACAUCAUGAGGGAAAAGAAUCCAGAUAUGGUUGCUGGAGAGAAAAGGAAAUUCGUCAUGAAACCUCCACAGGUCGUCCGAGUAGGAACCAAGAAAACUUCUUUUGUUAACUUCACAGAUAUCUGUAAACUAUUACAUCGUCAGCCCAAACAUCUCCUUGCAUUUUUAUUGGCUGAAUUGGGUACAAGUGGUUCUAUAGAUGGCAAUAACCAGCUUGUAAUCAAAGGAAGAUUCCAACAGAAACAGAUAGAAAAUGUCUUGAGAAGAUAUAUCAAGGAAUACGUCACUUGUCAUACAUGCCGAUCACCAGACACAAUCCUGCAGAAGGACACCCGACUCUAUUUCUUACAGUGCGAAACUUGUCAUUCUCGAUGUUCUGUGGCCAGUAUCAAAACCGGCUUCCAGGCUGUCACGGGCAAGCGAGCACAGCUCCGUGCCAAAGCUAACUAAUAUGCUAAUCACCACCGAUUUUGCAAAGUGUGUUGUGGAGAUUUGGCUGGACAGUUUGCCAUCAGAGUGGAUAUACCAUUGUAUUAAAAACAAGAUAAAAAAAAAAAGCUGCCAAGUUCUUUGGCAAGUGGUUGGUUGGUCUGAAAUCCUUGCAAGAUGCCGAUGCUCAAGCUGUUGACAUAAUCAUUGCCUACUUUAACACCUGUCAGAGAAACAUGAUACGGGGUAAGGAGGUGCUUUUUUAAAAUUGUUCAUAGACUUCUGUAAAAUGCAAGAUAAAUUAAAGUUAUUAUAACAGUGA